AUGGAUUCAACAAGAAUAAUCCAAAGCGAAAAUGAUAGUUCAGCCACCAUAAUUGCCACCAACCAAGACCUCAUCACUCAAAUUCUUGUUCGUCUCCCAAUCAAAUCCUUGCUCAGAUUCAAAUGUGUCUGCAAGCAUUGGCUUUUUUUCAUUUCCAACCCUGAAUUCUCCCACGGCCGUAAAGACUCCCUCACCAUCUCAGCCCUUGUGAUGCGUUUUUUAUUCUCUUUAAUGCUGAUCGAAAAGCAAGAAAAUACUACGUUUAUAAUCCCAUCACCACCAGCGAAAACAAUUUCGCUACCCUCCCAAAUCCCAACGGAUUUUUUUUUCAACCGCGUCUACGGUUCAGUUCUUGCUUAUGAUCCUUUCAAAUCACCUGACGACAAAGUUAUUUGCGUUCUACGUUCCAAAUUCAAGAAUCGGUUUGUAAUCGACAUUUUCUCAUCCGAGACAACCUCUUGGAAGCGCUUUGCCACUCGAAUCAGAGCGAGUAAACAAGUUUGCAGCCCUAAAAAUAAAGGUGUCGGAGGUUGGCUUAGCCUUGAAUACAUUGGGACCUUCCGAGGUAAUUUCCAUGUAUUCUGUGAGUGUAAAAAGACUAGAAACUAUAGGGAGUACUAUGUUUACGUGAUGAAAAAAGAUUACUCAGAGUGGAUUACCAAGUAUCGAUUCGAUUUGGAUGCAGUGGCGAUAAGUUACCCUGUGAUGAGAGGAGUUUUGAGCUAAAUAACCUUAAAAAAAAAUUAU